AUGAAAGUUCCGCGAAAAAAUAAGUUAUCUUCUUCGAUUGUUUAUACUAAACCUACAAAGGAACAAAAAGAAUAUUUUAAACAAAAGUCCGUUGUUGAAAAUACUCAUUUAUCAACAAACAGCUGGCUUAAAAAAUUCGUAAAUUAUCGCGAAACAGUUGGACUGACUGAUAUUCGUGAGAAUAUCACUAACUUAAAAGACUUGGAAGAAUAG